AUGAAAAUAUUUUGUGUACUUCUAUUUUUAAUUUGCGAACUUAAGGUAUCUAUUAUUUACAUCAGAUCUUUCUCCGAAAAAAAAUAUCAAAAGAAAAUAUUUUCUAGGCUUAUCAAGUUUCGGAGAAAGAUCUUAUCACACUUCGCUCAAAAGUUUUCAUCAAAUUAGAUAAAUGUACAAAAUGGAGGGAAGGAUUGGAAAAUUCAAAAAUUCUAGAUUAUCUUCUAUACAACUCGAAAUUCGAUGAGUUCAGGUAAAUUCAUAGCGAUUUGAUAUUAGGAAUCGGGAGUUUUCUAGAAUUGCAGCCACUGAAAUUGCGGCUGAUAAUUAUCCAGAAAGUAUUGAUUGUUUGGAUAGUUCUUCAAAAGAGAUUCGAGAGUUACAGGAAGUCAGAUUGAAUCAGGAUUCACAAGGAAGAACUCAUGAUUUAGAGCUCGAGCAUUUUUUGGAUCCUCAUCAAAUUAGAGAGAUUCACGGAGUGUUGGAGAAGACUGGAAGAGCUGAUCUGAUUGAAAAAGCGGUAGGAAAUUUUGAGCAGCAAAAUAUAAAAUUGAAACACUUUCAGCUCCAUCAACAUUUCUCGCUUCUUUCUGAAAAACGUCGAGCUCAAUUAGUCAACGAGUUUUUCGAAACUUCGAAAAUACGCUCAAAAAGAGGACUUGUUGAAGUUGCGCAAUCUCGUGAACCAGAACCGUUAAAGCCUGAAUUGUUGAGUUGGCAAACAUCCAGACAACGUGGAUUGGUUAGAAAUAUGGAGGCGAAGAAAUCAUCGAAAUGGGCUAUUAUGUUGCUUAUUGGAAGACAGUUUUAUCAUUUGAGAAAGAGCUCAAGGGUUAAAUAUGAACCGUGAGUUUUUCUCUAACAAUUGUAAAAUUAAAACUGAACAUUCUACCAAAAAAAAGUUGAAGAACCUAGAUACCUGCAGAACUGGAAGGGCAAUUAUCGAAUAAAAAUGUUAAAUCAGGCCAAAUCCUGAUAUUCAGGGCGUCUAAAUGGGGUCAUCUCGAAUCCCGAAUUAAACUCACGCUUUUUUUAGUUCAAAUGGUCCCAGAUUGCAACAUUUUAUUUUUCAAUAAUAAAAUUCCUCACAAUUUUUUUUCCAAAAAAAAAACAAUUUACAGCGUGAACUAGAAAACUUAUAAACGUGUAUUAGCACCCUCAAUUUUUAAAAUUUCUAGAAAACUCAUCGAAUACUGCACGUCAAACAUCCAAACCAUAAUCGGCAAUGAGAGUUUCACAGAACUUCAAUCAAUGUUCCAAGACAGUGAUGAAAUCGAGCACAUCAGCACAAAAUAUCAACAAAUAAUUGCAAAUCUACCAGAUGAGGAAGAUCGGCUAACUGCAGAUCAUUACGGACAAUUCUGUCGAAAAAUCUAUCGAUUAGUCAAAUUCGAACAAACUGAUCUAUUUUCUUGGAUGAAUGCAAGACAAAAGAUUCAAUUAGCUGAAAUGAUCAAAGAUAGUGGAAUUGAGGAUGAACAAGUUUAUGAAAAAUUAUAUGAAAUAUUCAAUCAGACAAAAGGAGAAGCGAGAGAAGAAGCUGAUGAGAUUAUUACUUUGGGUUGUAGACAAUUUAUUGGAAAUAUUUUGGGAGAUGAAAUUGCUGAAGAAAUUGAGGAUAUGAGAUGGUCCAGAAAUGUUUCAUCACAAUAUAUUGCAGCUGUACUAAUGAUGAAGAAUCAAGAAUUGGAGAAUUCGGCAGACGAGCAACGAAAAGAAAAACAAGAAGAAGAAGAAGAUCAUACAACUCGCGUAAGGUCAGUUAGAAAACACAAGUAAAUGAAUAAAUAAAUUCGUAUAAAUUUUCAGAGAAUCUCUCUCAAUUUGCAAACGAAUUUACUUGGAUUACAAUGGAAGUUGUAGUUGCAAUGGUUUUUCAGACACCUGCGAUUCAACAACUCAUACUUGUCAAAUGUGCUCGGAAAAUCGAGCUGGGCAUCAAUGUGAAAGUUGUGCAAAAGAUUUUGAGAUGAUAAAUUCAACGUGUGUUCGAAGAAGUUGUCAAUGCAAUAAUCAUUCGGAAAAAUGUAGUGGAUUGAUUUGUCAAGAAUGUCAACAUAAUACGGUUGGGGAACAAUGUGAAUUAUGCGCUGAUGGAUUUUAUGGAGAUGCGACACAAGGGGAAUGCAAACAAUGUCCUUGUCCGUGAGUUGAGAUUUAGGGAAAUUGAAAAAACAAUGACCAAUUUCCGUUGAAAAAUUGAAAUCCUGAUGUUUGAGUUUUAGAAAAAUUCCGGGAAUUCAGCCACGUGGCAACAGAUUUAGAAAAAAAGAUGUGAAAAUUUUUAUGAACGAACCAAUUUCCAGAAAAUCUGGCGAGUGUUCGAUCAACUCUGAAAAUAUUCUAGAAUGCUCAGAUUGUCCAGUUGGAUUUGUUGGAAUAUCGUGUGAUAUCGAUAGUAAAACCUAUUCACUAAAUCUCUCAACUACAACAAUUUUCCAACAAACAACAACUCCAAUGAAUAAUAUCAAUAAUUCUAUUGAGGAUAAUGAUGUUUGA